GGCGUUCUUUUAGAGGCGAAAGGUAUCGGCCAUUUUGUGAACUUGUGUAGGUAGUGAUAACCAUCGAAAACGUUUAAAACGUGGAACAACUCAUAGUUUUCUUGUGUAUCAGUUGUGUUGAUUUGUUUUCCUGCUGUGGAACAUCAGUUUGAAUACAGUAAAAGAAGUCUGUUUGGCACAUACAGAAAGGGGGUGGAACCGAUUGAAGAAUAUCAUUAAUCCAUCUUAUAUAAAAUACCAUCCACAAAGCAGCAGACAUGGCUGCCGGACCAUAUAAUUACAGUUAUAUAUUUAAAUAUAUUAUUAUUGGUGAUAUGGGGGUAGGAAAAUCAUGUUUAUUACAUCAGUUCACAGAGAAGAAAUUUAUGGCAGAUUGCCCACACACAAUAGGAGUAGAAUUUGGAACAAGAAUAAUUGAAGUAGCCGGUCAAAAGAUUAAAUUACAGAUUUGGGAUACAGCUGGUCAAGAAAGAUUUCGAGCUGUAACUAGAAGCUAUUAUAGAGGUGCUGCUGGCGCUUUAAUGGUUUACGAUAUAACAAGGAGAAGUACAUAUAAUCAUUUAAGCAGUUGGUUGACAGAUGCUAGAAAUCUUACUAAUCCUAAUACAGUUAUAUUUUUGAUUGGUAAUAAAUGUGAUUUGGAUGCUCAGAGAGAUGUAACAUUUGAAGAAGCUAAACAGUUUGCAGAUGAAAAUGGUUUGAUGUUCUUAGAAUGUAGUGCUAAGACAGGUGAAAAUGUAGAAGAUGCCUUUUUAGAUACGGCAAAGAAAAUUUAUCAGAAUAUUCAGGAUGGCAGCUUGGAUCUGAAUGCUGCAGAAUCAGGUGUUCAGCAUAAACCUGCCACACCUCGUAAUCCACUCAACACUGAUCAGACACCAAAUAAGGAAGGCUGUGCUUGCUAGUUGUUCAUAUUCAUUGGUUAUUUGUAUUUGUGGGUGGGCUAGACAAAUCAGGGUUUAACAUCCAGUGAUUAUUGGUGGAUUAUCUCCCCUUGAUGUCUGGUUCUGCCAAGUGAAAAGAAAAAGCCAUUCCACAUCUGCCUCUAUUUAUAGCGAAUCAAUCACAGUGUAUUUUAUUAGAAAUUUCUUCAUCUUCUUUAUAAUCACCACAAGUAGUACUAACGCAGAUGAACUAUUCAUCUUUUACAAUUUUAAUUUCAUUUUAUUUAAAAAUUGUCAUUGAAAAUCGUUCACCAAAGACUAACUUUAAUUCUCAUAAAUCAUGGCUUUUAUACACUGUCUCUUCACUAAAUAGCUGUUAUAUAUAGGGUAGACAUUUACAAUAACUACUCAUCUUAAACUGUAUAAUUUUCAGUAUUCCUACAUGAAAAAAAAAUAUCCAUAUAUCUGUUUCCUACUUGUUGUGAUUGUAUCGUGAUGACUUAAAAUAUUUGUCAACUUUGUUCAUCCAAAUUGCUAAAGCUUUAGCUGUACUUAGGGUUGCAACGAUACAUGAACAAUAAGUCUUCGAUGAUAUUACAAAAUUUGAUUCAAUUUGACUGAAAAUUGAAAGCAAUACCUAUUUACAUUACUUCUGGAAAAAAAAAUAAAUUGGUUACUAGCUUCAUCAAAAAUAUUUGAAACAUAUUGUAGUAUCACGAUAAAAAGAAAUUUGCUUGGCGUUACACGUGAUAUACGAAGUUAUUAUUUUGUUUAUCGCUGCAACCUUAACUGUGAUAUGAUGUCCUUAUAAAAAAUGGACAUCGUGAUGUGUUAUUUUAAUUAUCGUAAAUUAAUGAUUUGAAUAUUUGUCUGACUAUAUAUUAAUGCCAUUAAAUUCUCCUUUUGACCAGAAAAACAAUAUUAUAUACGAAAUUGGCUUCGUUUGAUGUAUUUAUAAAAAAUUGACAGUAUUGGCUGUUAAUAAUUUAAUGUUAAUAUUUUAGAGAAAGUAAGAAUAUUGUCAUGUUGUGCUAGCGGUGGUAUAAUGAUUUGUAAUUUAUUGUCAACAUGAUUAACUACCUGUUAUAGAUUCCAUAAAACAUAUUUCUCUUCCUUCAAAACUUUCGAAGCAUAUGAUUUAUUUGUUUUAGUAACUAUGCUCCGACAGAGUAUAUUAUAAUUCUUUAAUAUACCGGUAAUUAUCAUGUAAAUACUGUUCAUAUCACAAAUAUCAAUGUAUUUUUAACCGAUUCCUUCUCCAAUGUAAAACCCUUCAAGUUUGAUAUUCAAGCUGUUUAGAUAUAGUAAUAUUUCAUUUAAUUACUUAUAAUAGUAUCAACAAUUUUAAACCAUCAAUAUUAUUUAGAACAGUUUUUUUUAAUACAUUUGUAAUUAUUUUCAGUAAAGUGUAAAAUUAUUUGAUUGACACCAAUGUAUUGUUAUUUUUAAAAAUGUUCUUCGACUGUACAAAAAUUUGGAAGAAAUCUGGGACCAACCUUUGCGGAUUUUGAUCUUUGGCACAACUGAAAAACCAAUUUUGGGAGUUUUAUUUUUUCAUUUGGCUCGAAAUAUGAACUAAAUUUACUUGGUUGUUUAGCAAAGGGAUUUUAGUGAAUGUAUACUAUGUAUUGUAAGAGACAAACUUUGAGAUGAGACAAGAUUGAUAUUAGAUUUAAAGGAAUAGAAUUAAAAAAUUUGAUGUAAUAUAUCAUGCAUUAAAACUACUGUAUUCUACAGAAUAAGCACCCUUGGGUUACUAGUCACAAAAAAAUGGUAAUUCCAAAAUUAGAGUACUGUUAAUCAGUGACAGGGAUUCCAGUUAGAAUUAUAAUGUCAAAGACAUAAUUCAGAAUUUGACAGAAACAGGAAUUAUAACUUGUAAAACUUGGCACAUUUUUUCAUGCUGUAAACUUUUAAGUAAUAAAACAAAGUGUGUGCACUAUAAGAUUAAAGUAGAAGUGGUUUUUUUUGGUUGAAUAUGGUAUUUGUAAUUUAUAAAACUGGGCAUGUUCCACAUUAUAAAUAAAACUGUAAUAAAUUGGUGUUAUUUUAAUAUUGAUUAAAAAGAUGUAAUACAUAUGUUCAUUAUAAUAUUUUAUUCAUUCUAUUUAACUCUAGGAUGAUACAGAUAGUAUAGAAGAAGGCAGAUAAUGUAAUGAAGAAUAUCAUCUAAAAUUAAAGUCUUGAAUGGGGUUGAUUCUAUUUAGAAACUUUCAGUACUCCACAUUCUGUGUAGUUUAAAAGGUCGCGAAGAGGAUAUUAAGUAAUAUAUAAUCUGAGUGUUGUAUUAAUAUAUUAUAAAAUGUCUUGCUCGAGACAUUUAAAAAAAACCUUAAAAUACUGAUUACUCUAUCAUACACAUGCAUUUCUAUGAAAUUGUUGUGUGAUGGCCAUUUUCUAUUUUUGAUUAAGCAUCUUUACUUUAAUGGGGCAUUAUGUAAAAUUAGAUAUAGAUCUGACAGUUCUCGCUAUAAUAGUUACAAAAUAGGUAAUGAAAAGGGGAUAGCUUGAAAGUUUUAGUCAAAUUACUGAGCUGAGUUAUUGCAAUAAGAAGAUAAACAAAGUCUUGACUAUCCAUUUUUGAAUUAAAUCAUUAAAUGGGCGAACUGUUCUAAUCUACUUAAAAUCAGAGCCAUCCGAUGGCACUGAGAGUUGAUUAUGGUCUUGGUAAGUUAAUGUCUAAUUAAAAUUUUAUAUAACAUUUAAGGCCAAAAGAAGGACCAGCAAUAGGCAGGUUUAACUCUUGCAUAAUGCCUGUUUAAGUAUGGUUAAUAUUUGGCUUAUGAUUGGACAAAUAUUUGUGGAGACAUGUUUUAAGAUAGAAACAUACAAUAUGACGGUAGAAGAAAGUGACCAAAACAUGUUACGACAUGUGUACAAUGAGAAUUACAAUAAACUGUAUGAAUUGGCAUAUUAUAUAACAAGCAUUGUUAUUAUGGUGUAUCAUCCUAGAUGUAGUAUAUAAGUAUGUAUGUUUAUAUAUAUCAUUAGAUAUAUGAGGUGUGAAACCAGUACGUAGCUCAACAGGUAUAAUAAGUACAAUAUUGGCACAUAUUUAUAGUAAAUGUAUAUUGUAUAAAAUAAUAACAUUUCUUAUUGUAAAUAUGUAAUUUGAUUUUGUGAACCCACUUACAAACCGUUUUAUUCUAUAUUCAUUUGCUUUAGUUAUUGUUUUAUAGAAAUUUGUAUAAUUUUAAUGAAAGACGCUUUGUAAUUGUUGGUAGUCUUAUACCUCGAUCUCCUAAAGCUCACAUAAUAUUCAAGUUUGGGGUAAUACUAUUUAGUAUGGGUUUAUUUGGCUCAUGAUUGAAGUUUGACUGUGUAUAAGGCUACACCAAUUUGAAUUUUAUUUCUUGAACACAUUAAAACUUUGCUAUCUAUAUCUUAUGGUAGGAAGGAAUUUAAGAAUGAAAACAAAAGUACUUAGUUAGUCUUUUCAAAUCUAUUAGCUCAAAGUUUUUAUGAUUUUGAAAUGUUAAUACAUACACUCACCUAAAGUGUAUCAAGAUUCAGAAGGACUAAAAAAUUAAAUUGAUUUGGCCUCCAAGUACACUUGUUAAUGAAUUGAUGUGAAAAGAUUGUUAUUGAUUGGCUGUGUGAUCAUUGGCACGUGUUACAUAUCACUAUAAUCAGGAACCACAAGUUAAUGGCAUGAAAUUAUAUAUCCCACCCCCCUCAAUUAAAAAGCAUGACAAUAGUAAAAAUCUAAUUCAUCCCAAGACAGAUUCAAAAUCUUAUUUGGUUUGACAAUUCGAUUUUAAAUUUCAUUCAUAUAAUUAGAAAAGUUUGGUACAAUGUUCUUUUUAACAUUUGAUAGAUUUUCUAAAUUAUUGGAUUUUUCAUUUAUCAAAACAGUUUAUAUUUACUAUGACUACCAAUUUUUCAAGCAAGUGUAAGGAGAACUGAAAAGAUUCAGUGUUCUGUAACAUAUUGUUGGUUUAUUUUUAAGUUAUUUUAUAAUAAUACAUUGCAAAUGAUAACUGUUAAAUUAGACUUAGUAAUUAUUUGUUUGUUAUUAGCUUAAAACUUCUUACAUUUCCUGUCAAUUAUCAGUUAUUAUUUCUAAUAUUUAUAUAAGCAAUUGUACAUAGCUUUAUUUAGUCUGUGAUGUGUCUGGAGAAUCUGUGGAGACAAAAUAUAUUUUGUAAUUAUUAGAAAAUUUGAUGAACACCUUUUAAGAAUUUAACAGGCAGAGAAAUAGUAAUAGCAUAACAAAGCCCAACGCUUGAUUAUAAGUUCAGCAGUGCAUGGUAUCUUCUUAGUAAUUAGAAUCAGUGGAUGGCAUUAUGAUAAUAGUGUCAAUUUAGAUUUUAAUUGGAAUAUUGAUGAAGGUUAUAGUAAUGAUCACUAUUCAACUGAACUGCAAUCAUGAAAGCAAUGCAAUUUAUUCUUGAAUUAUAUUUAAAGGAGAAAGAUUGAUUUUGAUGAUCAAAAUACAGUACAUAAACCAUUUAGAGAAACAGAAAUAUUGUAUAUUAUUUGAUACUCACUGUUUUUAUUUAUAAGGAAAGCACAGAUAUUAUGUAUAUUUUAUGUUGUGAAUAGUCUGUAUUGGUUGAUGCAACAGCAGAAUUACAUAAAAACUUUAUGAAAUAGUUUUUGGGGCGCAAGAGAGACAUAAUAAAAAUGAUGUAUAUAUAUAUACUAUGAAA